CUCUGGAUAAUAAACAGUGAAUCCUUGCGCCUGGCUCUACAAGAAGCAGGAACCUAACCCUUGUCUGGUCGUGGUCACGUGAUCUGGGUGUUUUGACCCACGCCUUGAGCAGUGUUUGCCAGAUCUGCGCUUCUGACGCUCGUGACAGUGUUAAACGUCUGUUUCGAGGCUGCCGGCCUGAUGCCCAGAUCAAGGCAGCCAAUCCAAGCCUUCAGUUUCUGUACCACGUGAUUUUGAAACGCGGAAAAACACCUAAGACCUUUGGUUCCAGUCUCGGAGCGGAGGUCCGGAGAUGAUGAAGCGGGCCGUGGUGCACGUGUCCGUGGGCUUCCUGCUGUGUGUCGGCCUGGUGAACACCGGCCUGUUCGCGGACGUUGACGUGGACCUGAGUUCCGAGCACUACGCGGAGAGGCGGGUCGACGGUCUGCCCGCGUUCUUGGCGAUGCCCUGUAACUGCGUGGUCAAUGUGGGUUACGUGUGCGUGGGGCUGUACUGGCUGCUGUGGCGCGGGGACGACGCUGAGUCGGAGCGCCCCCGCUACCUGAGGCACGUGUUCGCCCUCAUGGCCGUCUUUUACGGCCCCGUACAGUGGACGCGCCUGGCCAUGCUGCGGCGCGCUCCAGCCGUUCUCGACCAGUGGCUGACUUUACCGAUCUUCGCGUGGGUGCCGGUGUGGAUCGACUUUAUCGAAAGGCGGACCGAAUGGCGCGCGUCGCACGCGGCGACGCUCGAGCUCGGCUCCGUUCUCAGCUACGGACUGGCGAUCGCACACCGACGCGGCUUCGACACGGCGCUCGCAGGUCACGUGCUCUUUGCUGUGUACAAAGGGGUUGACGUGCAGCGGACGCACGGAGAUGUGCGCACGCGCAGACACCUCGUGCUGGCUUUGCUGUCGUGUGCAGGCUUCGUGCUCCUGAAGCUGCUGGAUCACCACCUGGCUCAGUACCGCCUGUUCCAGCGCUUCACCGGACACUUCUGGUCCAAAGUGUGCGACGUGCUGCAGUUCCACUUCAGCUUCUGCUUCCUGACCAGGCUGACGAGCAGAGCGCGGGCCAAGACUGAGCCGCAGCAGCAGUGACAGCCACGCAGCAUCCACGCAGCAUCCUCCAGCUGGGAGUUCAUUCUGUCUCAUUCCACACAAGACCACAUCUUCACCUCAGCAUAACUCUAGAUUCUGUUCAGCUUCAAUACUUUAGUUCCACAUAAAUAUUGAUUCUCCCUGAGCUACAGGAGCAGCUGCAGCAUUCGAUGUGCCCCAGCCACGUGGCUCCAGCUCCAAUCAGCUGUAUCUAAUAAUAGAAAAAUGAGCAGAACGAUGCCAGUGGGAGGGCAGAACAAAGAAAACCGCUGCUCUCAGGAAAAGGACCACCAGGAUAGCCCCCCAGACUUUUGUGGACUCUUGAGACCAAAGCUGACCACUGCAGUGUAGCUGAAGUAAACAUGUGACAUUAAGCUUCACCACCCCUUAGGGCUGCUCUGCUGGAGGAGGGGUGAAGGAUACAAUGUUCAGUGGUGCACAUGUGCAAUCUGAGUUAAAAUAAAGAAAAGUACACAUGUCUGUGUGUUGUUUAGUCUGACUGUGACUUACAGCCCAUUAGUACCUACUCAGAUCGACUCGGCAUGGUUCGGCUCAGUUUUCAGGGUUUCCCAUUAUGUCACAGCAUGUGGCACCCCUCCUCACAGGGGCGGAUCUACAGGGGCAGCAUGUGCCACCCUAGUUUUGCAUAUGUCAGUGUUGUUCAUUAAAAUAAGAUAGCACCCCCCACCACCACUUAAAAUGGUUCAGCCCAGAGCCUUUUCACAUCUUACACUGGGGAUUGAUUGUGUGAGUGUUAUUCACCCUCCGGGGGCAGCUAUUGGUGUAACUGUACCAUGAUUUGGCAGCACCUGUGAUUUGGUUAUUUAGGAAGAGGGGAAAGUUUUGGGACGGCGGCGAGAGAGCGAUAUCGACAGCGACUUUUGAGUUGUGAGAGAUUUGUGACGUUUAGCGUGUAGUUAGUGUGUAGUGUAGUCAUGAGCUUUGUGUGUCAAAAUGUUACACCCCUGAAAACAGGGGAAAAGAAUCACGAGAGUGAUUAUGACUUGCGUCUCUCAUGCAGUCGUUUAUUGCAGUGAGGAGAACGCGCGAAAGCCCCCUAGUGGAGAAUAGAGACACUACUAAUCGAUCCCAGAAAAGGCUUACUAGCCGAUCAGAGAUGUAUAGAUUGUAGUUCUCUUAAGUAACAUGAAAGCCAUUAAUAUAACAUGAAAAAUAAUAAACUCUUAACCAUUUUCUUA